UUUCCAUUUGCCUUUCCUGGCCUGUCGUGUCUGAGAUAGCCAUUAAAUAUAGCAUGAACACGUUAUAAUUUAAUAACUUAACAUAAUGUAAAUUAAGCUAUAGGCUACUGUAGAGCGGCACUUUAUGGACACAUCCUGCUAUUCCAAGGCAUAAACCUUUGCUAUUACUCGGUAAAAAAAAAAAAAAAGAAAGAAAACCACAUUGAAAAUUAUUAAAAACGGGGAUCAGUCUACAGUCAUAGCCUCAACCGAAGUUUUACUUGUAAUAUUCCCCAGCGGUGGGGUAGGGGCAGACACUUUCCCGUGUGUGACAUCAUACUGGACAAAGCACCAAGGAGUGGUUUCUUCGAGGGAAUCUUUCUGAACCUAACGUUUAUAUAAACUGUGCUGUCCUAAUCCCACACAAAGGGACAUUUACUUGUUCAAAAGAGUUUCAAUGUGGCAUUAAUUUGAACGAAUAAACAACUCCAAGACUUAAGCUCUUGUGCGAAGUCUGUUCAAAUCCCUGCCGCUGGAUGGCCGGGCUUUUUUAAAUUGCAUUCUCCUAACAUGAGCUACGUGUAAAGAGGUCCACCCACGGUUCAGAUUCCCCAGGAUGACCAUGCUGCCUCUCCUGCUGCUGCCGCUGCUGGCUGGCCAGGUUCUCGCUAAGUUUGAGGUGCAGGUCCCCGAGCAGCCAGUGGUGGCGCUGUACGGCGUGGACGCCACCCUCGACUGCUCCUUCGCUCAAGUCGGCCCCUUCAACCUGUCUGACCUGAGCGUCUUCUGGCAGCUGACCGACACCAAGCGCAGAGUGCACAGUUACUACGGCAACCAAGACCAGCUGGAGGACCAGGGCGAGAGCUUCGCCAACCGCACCAGCCUGUUUCCUGCCCAGCUGGCGUCGGGCAACGCCUCGCUCCUCCUGCGGCGCGUGGGCGUGGCCGACGAGGGCAGCUACACCUGCUUCGUCAGGGUGGACACCUACAGAAGCGCUGCCCUGCUGCUCCAGGUGGCUGGUCAGAACAUGGUGUUCCCCCCUGUGGCUCUGUGGGUGACUGUGGGCCUGGCAGUGUGUCUGCUGGCUCUCCUCAUCGCCCUGGCUGCCGUCUGCAGGAGAAAGAUCAAGGAGAGCUGCGAGGAGGCCAGAGCAGCUGAGGAGGCCAAGGAGCUGGAGGAGGAGGAGGCCAAGACAGCCAUGACACCUCUGAAAAGCUGAAGCCAAAUUAAUACAGAAGGGAAGGCCAGUCAGUAGGAUGGAGAUACAGUAAGUCUGUCUGCUAAUCCCACUGCACCCAUCCAUCAACCAGGAGACUGGCAUACCCAUCCCCAACCGAAUGUCAAAACUGAGCUCAACUCGAGACGAGUCUAUCAUCUCCUUUCUCAAAGACGUAUUUUCCCCUGGGCACUCAUCAAAAUACAUAAACACAUCCCAUCCCAUUACUGUACAUAGGCCCAUGUCAUCCUCACCUUCUUUUCAAAUUAAGGGAGGAUCCCGGCAGUGUGUGAAUGUGUUUAUGACAUCAUGUUAAUUCCACGCGGUGCGCUGGUGAGAAGCUCCGGGUUGACAACCAUUGGAGCAGACACACUUCCUCACCGAUCCUGACAUCCCGUCUCUCCACUAUUGGACGAGUAAGGAAGCAGGUUGGAGAUCUGCUGUCUAAUAGGAAGAGAAGCGCCUCAGAGAUGCCCCAGCUGAGACUGCCGUCAGUGUCUUCCUGCCAGAAAGGGAGCCUGGCUCACCCAUUACUCCUGGACUUGCUAAUUAACGACUGCCGCUGGGGUAACUUGUACCUGUCAGUCUUUGCUGCUCUCCUAUAUUCAAUAACUGUGGGGGGGAAUUGAAAAUGAAUGCCAGUUAAGCUCCAACUAACGGCAAAUGGUGCAUGGGAUCCACCCUGUUUUUUUUCCACAGACCUGACAGCCUUAUAAGUAAGAAAUUGUUUUUAAUGAACACUGUCUCUCUUCUAUUCUCUACUGCCAGUUUUGCUAUGUUUUAUGAAUACAGUACAGUACAAUACUGUAGAGGUUGUUUUAUUGAAUUAGUUUCUAUUCAGGUACUUGAGCUAGUCCAUGUGACAAACGUCCAUGUAUGAAUGCCAAAGUUCACUGCCUGUUUACAUUAAAGUUACAUAUGAAA